CCACUACCCCACCUGUGAUCGUGGAUUCUGGGUCGGGGAUAGUCUCAUCAGCGACGCCUGAGGAUUCUGCCGAUGGGGGAGAGGAGGAGGAGGAGGAUGAGGAUGAGCUUGCAGAGAGCACACAGCACUCCAUUCUCCCCAACAGCCAGGAUCUUUUUCUCACCCUGACUGAAGUACCCUCCCAAGCCUCCCAAGCCAGUACCCAAGACUCUGACCCCAUGGAAGGGACCUCAGCAGCUGCAAAUUCCUCAAGCCUCCCUCCUCCAUCCCGAAGGUUAUCACAGAUAAGGCGUCGUAAGAAGAGAACGCGAGACGAGAUAUUUUCUGAAAUUAUGGAAUCCAGCCGCAGUGACAGAGCUCAUCUGAAUGAGUGGAAGGAAACAGUUUCAAAGUAUAGGAAAGAAGCCAGUGAACGUGAGGACAGGAGGGACCAACGUGAGGACAUGAGGGACCAACGUGAGGACAGGAGGGACCAACGUGAGGAGAGGAGGGACCAACGUGAGGAGAGGAGAGACGCUCGAGAUGAGAGGUGGCGGCAGGAAGACAAGAGGAGGCAGGAUGCAAAGCUGGGGCUGCUGCGUGAGCAAACAGACAUGCUCUGGCGUCUGGUGGAGCUUCAGGAACGGCUGCUGGAAAACAGACUGCCGCUUCAGCCCCUGUUCCACCCUCCCCCCUCCCCAUGUUCCGUAUCCUCCUCACCCAGACGUGUAAGAACACGGGGGGGGGGAGGCUCCGUACACCUUCCCAUUCCACCCCAGUAGACAGCCCAUGCAAAAGGCUGUCAUUUUUUUAACCUUUUCUUUGUGGCUUUUUCCUUCCCAGCAAUCCUCCUCCC